AUGUACAACGCAGCAAUCCUCGGUGGCGCCGCUAUGGCUGCCCUCUCCAUGAUUCCCUCCUGCCCGGCCCCCAUUGGCCUGAUCGUCACUGGUCUCGCUGCUCCCCUUGCUGGUGGCCUGACCUACAUUGGCAUCAACUCCAACGUCAACUAUAAGCGGGACGUCGGGGGCAUGCGUAAGGUCGCUCGUGUCAAUGGCUACCCCGGUGUCUCGCAGCAGUCCUAUGACCAGUGCAAGGACUCCAACAACGGCGCCAAGGUCACCGUCACCCAGACCGCUGAGUCCAGUUUCCGCAUGGACGGUGUUACCCCCGAGUGCAUGGACCUGGCUUCUCUGUUCACCAGCAGUGGCUCUCUCUACCCCUGCGGCUCUGCCUGCCUUCAGUACGAUAACCUGGACAGUGCUGAUGUCGCCAACCUGCAGAACACUAUCCAGAGCCUUCUGAAUUAA